AUGGGGCCUGCUUGGAUACUUCUCUUCUGCUCCGCGGCGGCUGCUCUCCAGUCAUCAUACAUUGAGGGAAUAAAUACAAAUUUGGAAGAAGCAAUUCAAUUCUUGAGGGAGUACGAUGCAGAGGCCUCAGCGAUGUGCACCAGGGUCACCGACGCACAAUGGUCCUACGUCACCAACAUCACUGAUUACAACAAAAGGAGGAUGAUAGACCUCCAAAGCUUGCAAGGCAAACUGGAGAAGGUGUCCUGGCAGAAAGCCAUCCAGUUCUCUUGGUCGCUACUGCCGGACCAGAUGACCAGGAAGCAGCUGCAACUUCUUGCAACAAGGAGUAGAAGUGCUCUUAGUGAUCCGAAACUUCAGGAGCUGUCCCGAAUAAUUCAGGAAAUGAAGGAAAUAUUCAACAAAGCAAGAGUUUGCCCUUUCUCGAAUGUGAUCUCUUCAUAUUGUGACUUAACUUUAGAACCAGAUUUGACACGUACAAUGGCACAUUCCAGAAGUUAUGAGGAACAACUACAUGCGUGGAGAUCAUGGAGGGAUGCGACAGGACCAAAACUAAAGGACAAAUAUAUACGGUACACAGAGAUAGCUAACGAAGCUGCUCGGCUAAAUGGAUUCCGGGAUGCUGGAGAGCAGGAAAGAUCUACAUAUGGAUCAGGAGUCGACAUAGAAAGACAAGUGACUGAUACAUGGGCAGAACUGGCGCCACUUUAUCGACAACUGCAUGCCUAUGUAAGAACAAAGUUGAGUAGUCACUAUGCACCUCCACAUAGGAUACAGCCAACGGCACCGAUCCCUGCUCACCUUCUUGGUAACAUGUGGGCUCAAAACUGGAAAAAUAUAUUGGAUCUAGUACUUCCAUUUGUUGGAAAAAGAAGGUCUGACGUUAGUCCUGAAAUGCUACGCCAGGGUUAUACUCCCCUUAGAAUUCUUCAAACAGCAGAAGAGUUCUUUACUUCGAUUGGGCUAAAGCCAAUGCCUUUAGAAUUCUGGCACAAAUCUCUAAUUGAGCGUCCAGGGGAUCGACAUGUUGCAUGUAAGGCAUCUGCAUGGGAUUUCUGCAACAGGCGUGAUUACAGGAUUAAGCAGUGUACAGAGGUAACUAUGGAAGAUUUACUGACGACCCACCAUGAAAUGACUCAUAUUCAAUAUUACCUGCACUAUUCCGACCUUCCUAUUCUUUUUAGGGACGGAGCUAACCCAGCUUUUCACGAAGCAAUUGCUGAUGCCAUUGGACUAUCAGUGAUUACUCCAAAGCACAUGCAUAGAAUUGGUCUCCUUAAUAACAUAACAGAUGACUAUGAGACAGAUGUUAAUUUCCUCUUAGAAAUGGCAUUAGACAAAGUGGCAUAUCUUCCUUUUGCAUACAUAGUUGAUCAGUGGCGAUGGAGAGUAUUUUCUGAAGGAACUAAAGCUAUGAAUUCAAUUUGGUGGGAACUGAGAUCAUGGCAUCAGGGAGUUAUCCCACCAAUCCCAAGAUCUGAAAAUGACUUCGAUCCUGGCUCAAAAUACCACAUCAUAUCAGAUCAGCCAUACUUAAGGUAUUACGUGAGCCUGAUUCUGCAAUUUCAAAUUUAUGAAGCACUGUGUCAAGCUGCAGGACACAUAGGAACUUUACACACUUGUGACAUAUACCGAUCAAGAGAAGCUGGACGACUAUUAUCAGAUAUCAUGUCUAUCGGAGCAUCAAGAUCAUGGCCGGAAAUUCUCAGGCUUGCUACAAGAGGAGCAACAGACAAACUAGAUGCGCGACCUAUGUUGGAGUAUUUUAAACCACUACUAUUGUGGUUGAAAGUGCAGAACAGGAAUGAAAAAAUGAUCGGAUGGGUCACUUCAGAAGAGGAUUCUGCACUAUUUCAAGGUUAUCUAAAAGGAGAUUCCAGUAGAUUACAGAAAAGUUGGGUUUUGAUUUCAAUUAUAUUUUCUAUUCUAGCAUUGAUAAAUUAAGGACAUGAAGUUUAUUUAUUUAUAUUAACAAAUUAACUUAAAAAAAUAAUGAAAAUUUAAAAAAGAGAAUGUUGCGUCGUGUUUCUAUUUGAAAACAAGAAACAAAAAUUAACAAAACUUAAAAAAAAAAAAAAUUGAAGGUGUGUAAAUAUAUAUUAUUGGAGCAUCAUUUCUUAUAAGGAGUUAAUAAUAGUGAUUAAAUCACUAAUUCAAAAUUUUAAAAUAUUUUCCCUGAUUUAAAAUCUGAUACUAACGUUAUAUUCUAUUUAGUUUAAAUUAAAAAUGAAUUUAAUUGCAGAGAAAAUUAGAUUAUCACAUCAGUUAUAUCCGUUAAUAUUAAUUAUUUUUAUUGUUAAAUAAUGUUAAGUUGUAUUAAAUAUCCAACGAAGAACUUCCAAUAUGUAGGUUAAUGAGAACUUUGUAAAUAAUAUUAAUUAUUGUUACCAAUAAUUAUUUUAAAAAAAUGAUAUUGAAUAGAACUUUCAAUUUACACCAUAUUGUGAUGUUUAAAUGUAAUAAAAUGUUAAUAUUUUUU